UCUCACUUACCUAGCUCUCUGUUACAUACAACAUACUGUAUAAGAUAAAAUACCUAUAAAAAUGCAGAACAGAUUGUUUUUUGACAGCUUGAAAUCUCAGAUACCCUCCCCUGAUUUUGAUUCAUCAUCCUCGUCUGAUAAUGAAGAAGAAAUCUCUAUUUAUCAGAGACCGUCUCUCUUCAGGUUGCCUGAGGGGACGGAGAUUAACCUGGACGACAUGUCAAUAGAAGAACUGGGAAAUAAUGAGGAUUUCCUCGAACCAGUAACUCAGCCAUUCACUGAUAACGGCUUAAACAUCCAUGAAGAUGCUGUUACCCCUCACCUCCCUGUAGAUCAUAGACAGCUUCCAGCUGAAGUUGCUACAGGUCUUAAAUCUGAAACGUCUACAAUCAACUCCCCGGAAGCACGAAACCUCACCAGUAAAUCUGAGGACCAUCCAAAAUCACUUACUUUUACUCUGCACCACGAGAAACAGAGCAACUCAGCCAUGACAGCUGCUGAAGGAUGCUCAUUAUCACAGUGUACAAAACUGAAAAGUGAAAGAUUUCUCCAGACAUCUGUAGACGUCUGUAAGACCCAAGCUGUAGAAAAGAAAGAACAGAUACACACACAAUCCUACCCUGUUUUGUCUUUAAAACCUCUAGACAGCUGGGAUCUGGAUCUGGUUCUGCAGUCUCUUAAACAACAUGGACAUCACAAACAUCCCACUACAGAAGAAGAACUGGAUCAGUCGAUAAAAUAUACAGAAAGCAAGAAAAGACAAGAAGUUGACAUAAUGGAGCAGUUGGCUGCUUUCUGCAGGAGACAGACAUGUAAGGGUACAGAGACAAUCAGUGUAUCUAAGAAAAGUCCUACAACCACCAGAAUGUCUGUCAGACAGACAGAUGAUUGUAAUGGCAUUUCAAAAAGAUUUAUUCUGCAAAAUGAGGAUCCUCCCACUGUACAUAUUGAUUUGCGCAACACGGGGCAUCAGACAACAUCAACAGUUAAUCAUAACACUUCCACACACACACAGCAGGAUCUACCAAAACAAGUCCCAUCCACUGAGAGAGUACAAGACAAACAUACAGUGGCAGAAAUGAAAAAAAGGAUGCGUUCUGGGAAGAGUUUAUUACUCCAAAAAAUAAAAGAGGCAAACCGAAACAGGCCAGAAAGCUCUGUUAAAAGGAAAACCCCUGAAGAUUCGGCCAAGCCUGCACAGGAAAUGAUCUCUGGAGAAGUGGAAGCUUGGCACAGACGUGUAAACGCACCGGCUAAGAAACAGCUGAGUGGACCAACCCCCAUUACAGACGCAUGUGAUGAGUCUGUUGCUUUAACAGAUAAAACACUAAACGCUGCAGUUCAGCCUCCAAAGAAUGGGAGUGACCACCUCCUGAAGGAGCGUCAGAAGAACAGAGCGCAGCGCCAACAGUAUCUGAAGUAUCUACUCAGCUUCAGGCCACAACAGUCUGCAAACAGAAAGCAGAGUGCUGCUGAGAUGACUGACGUUCUGUAUGAUACGGAUGGAUCAUAUCUUCCAUCCGUUAGCACUCUGCCUUCCUCCAUUAAAAUCAGAGAGAGUUUGGUUUUAAUGGUGCCCCUCUCGAGCCCUGGUGUGGUGGCAGGACGAGCGGAAGGAAAGACACGGACAGUGGAGUCGACGUCACUCGGAUCUCAUGUUUAUAAUACGCUGAUAGCGUGGUUCAUGUCAUUGGCUAAACCUAGCGCAGAGGACAGUGUAACAACUACAGCUCCAUUUUGGGUCACUGGGCUGCAGCAGAUCUGGAAGAAUGAUUCCUUAGUACUGUACAUCUGCGCUGUACCUCUUAAAGAAACCAGGCCUUCAGGCACAAAAUCCCGGUGGAAGAACAUGAAGAGGGGCUGGACAUCAUUCCGUCAACGAGUCUCAAGAUUUCUGGCCCAAACUCAGCUGAGGGCCGUUUCAUCCUGGCUGCCAGAGCUUAACCACUUACUGGAACAGCAAGCUCAUCCUGCACUAGUCUCUUUGCCCUCUUCAAAGCUUGACUGCUUUGUGUCAAUUAACCCUGAGAAAGAGGCUGUCAAGAAGGUGUUUGGAACAAAUCCUGGCUUCUACUGGCAGACACUCGACAUUCAAGAACAAAUAUGUCAGUGGGCAGAGGCCACAACUUCUCAGCAGCCUCACACCGAGGUAGUGUUGGCUUUGGUGUACCAGGCAAUGUUUAAUAACCCACUGGCAACACACUAUACACUUCAGCUUCUGUUUAGCUCAGGCCAGGAUGUGUGUGGCCUCCGCUUCACCUACCCUUCUACAGAACUCCUAGCUCACUGUGCAGGGCUUGGAAUAAGUGUGCAGAGGUGGUUUUCCCAGCAGCCAGUGCUUAUCAUGGCUAUCCGUGGUCCUUAUGCCAGGUCUGUGUGGCAAGAGAUCACCGGGCCCUCAGACCCCAUGCUGGCACGCAAGACUGACCCAGCAUCUGUUAAUGCCCUCCACUGCCCCUGCCCAGAGAGUGCUCUGUUCCACUCCCCACGCCUGGCCAGUCUGGUUCACUCUGGUUUGUGUGUGUGGUUUGGUGGGAGACUGCCAAAUAAUGAUCCCGGGAUGACUGCCCAAGUUCAGUGUUGUAGUGAGAGAGGAGACACAGUUUCUACACCUUCAAUGCUUUGUGCCACAACAAAAGCGGAUGUGUUUCUGCUCGUGUCUCCAGUGGUUCCCACGUGUUGUUACAGCUAUGUCCUCGCGUCAUGUGCGAAGAGAGGCUUCCAGCUGAUGGGGCUGCAGAGAGUUCAGAUAUCCAGUACGCGAGCCUCAGCCCUGGGCCUCAACACCGAGCAGAUGUUGACGUUCUGUCGUGCCCCUAUGGUGAAGAUAGAUGAAGCUCAGCUUGAAGCCUUCUCUCACUGCCUGGUGCUGUUGCUGAGGAGAGAGAAUGCACUCCGCCACUCUGCCAACCUGCCUACAGGUUUGAUGAACGAGCUGGCUUUACAAGGCUUAGUGGAACUGCUCCAUACCAGACUACCGGGCAACGUUCACCUCAAAUCACAUCUCUGCUUUCAUGCUCUACCCUAUACAGAAGACCUCUUCAACUUUCUUGGAGACCACAUGUGGACAGUACCAGACUUCAGCCCUGUGGUCCUUUCAAAGCACAGAUAUCCUUCAUGCAGUGAGGCAGAGCAGACUGUGAUUCUCACACUGACUGGUCACAACAUCAUGGAGAAGGGCAUGAGUCUGCUUCACCAGGUCCUCAGGGGAAAUCAAGCAGGAGGAGUGGGUGAGGACAGAUUUGAGUUGUUGGCUCUGAAAUGGCUGCCCACACUGUCCUGGCAGCAGGCACAGGAGCUGAGCCCUUUCGAGGUCAGUGAGCGCCAGUGGCACAGCAGUGUGGUAAGUCUGCUAUCCUCUCCGGCCCUGGUCUGUGCCAUUAGAAGGCCACAGGCGUUCAGCAACAUGCAAAGACUUUUACCACAAGACUGCCCUGGAGAUCUGAGCAUGCUGAUGUCCACCACCCCUGAAACAGCCUUCAGACAAGCCGCCCUUUUCUUUACUGAGGCCCAGAUGAUCCCAGAUCACAGCAGCAGAAUUAUGUUUAAAUACCUGCCACCUCCAAGCACAGGCUCUGCAAGUCAGUCAAUAUUCAGCUACAUGACAGAAGGACCGCAGCCUCUUCUCACUUUGGCUCUGUUUAAGCCUGGUGUCUGGAGUCAUUACUUGGGCAAAAUUCUCAGCAAGAUUCAGCAAAACAGCUUCACCUUAGUGGGCUUACGCAUACUUGUACUCAACUGCGAGGUGGCAAACACACUGAUAAACGGAUCAGAACAUCAGGAUUUAAUCAGUGGAAAACAUCUGUGUGACCCUUCGGAGACAGACUCGGAACUGAAGUACCUGACAUCAGGACCUGUUCUGGCAUUGUGCCUACAGAGGGUGAAUGCUGUUCACAAGCUUCUGGAGCUGUUGGGCCCUGAGGAUCCAGUUCAAGCACGAACUAAAGAUCUCUACUUCUGGAGGGCCAGCUAUGGCACUGACAGACUGCAUAACGGCAUCUAUGGAUCAGUUUCUUAUCAGCAGGCUGUGCAGGAUGUAAAGAUGACGUUCUCAGAAGGUUUAUGCUGCACAGAAACAUUAAACAUGAAGCACGAGCAGAUACCCUGUUUGAGAUCGGAUCCAGUGGCUAGUUCAGAACGGGAAAAGUCUCAUACCAUCACUCACUUAAAAGCCAGAAACAAGCUCUUCCAGUCAGAAGUGAUCAGAUCAGGGUGUUCAGUGUGCACUGCUCUCUGCCAGACCACGUGCCUCAUUAUGCCCUGGCGUCUGCUCCAGCUGAGUCGCCCACCUCUUCACCUGGAUCUGCUGCAGCGACUGCUGAGCUCAGGCUGCCACGUGGUGGCCGGGAGACUCUGCUCACUAGACCCAACCCAAAUAACUCACUUAUCUGUGUUACUGAUGCCCACCAAAGAGCCUCUGCUGUGUGAGGGACCGUGUCUUGUUCUUGCUCUGCAAAUGGACAACAUCGUGACGUGCUUUAACUUCAUUAUUGAAAGGAUUUGUCGGGAUAGGCCAGACUUUGAGAAAGUAAGGAAGAUGCUUCUGUACCCUUGUUCUGAACCGGAGGCAGUGAAGUUACUGUGCUACCUGUUUGAUGCUCUCUCUCCGGACAGUCACCACAGCAUCGCGCCAACAUAAGCUACAUCACUUAAGUGUCACUGUUCCCUGACUGAUCCUGCAGUUAAGUGUGAUGAAUUCAUAUUUUAUUUUAUUUUUUGCAAAAGGUUCAAGUUCAAGUGUUUUUAAGGUGUUUAUGACGCUAUAUUACAAACGCUUAAUACAGUCUGUGGCUUUAUGAGGAUUUGCUGUAGAUUCAUUUUAGUAGCUAAAGGAAAUUGGACUAAAAUCACUAAAGGAAGACGUGACAGAAACAAGUAGAGGUCUAGAUAGCCGACGCCUCCACGUCCAAGUCUUUCUUAUUGCUAAAUUUAUGCAGGAAAGAGCUUCCUUCCUGUUUGAUGUAGAUUUUAGAUGUCUGAAAUAGUUCUUUAAAGAGCUUCCUCCCUGUUUGAUGUAUAUUAAAAGAUUCCCUUUUAAUAUACAUCAGUUCAACCACUCCAUCAGUCCUUCAAGGUGUCACUCAUUCUUGAGUUUACCAUGUUAGUUAUUUAUUACCUGUUUUUGUCGUCUUUUUCUUGUGAAUCAGAUGCUUAAUAAUUUCAUUCAGCUUUGCAUCUUUCGGUGUAAAGUUUUGAAUGACAAGAAAUUGACCUGAAUUAAAAAAUUAGAGAAACAAAACCCUCACACAACCACCUAGCAGUAAAGGUGUACAAAUGUAAGAAAUCAAACAAAAGAAGAAUUCAACACACAUACACAAGGAUAAGAUCAAAAAUUAUUUUUUAAUUCCCAAUAUGAUAAAAAUAAUUCCAUGGAUUUUGUAAACCAUUGCAUAACUGCUGUAGUGUACAUAAAUGUUAACAAUUUUAUAUGAUACACUAUGAAUAAACCUUUUACGCAUUAUAAAUAAUAAUAAUAAUAGUAAUAAUAAUAAUAAUAAUGUCGUCUUACCUAAUUUUUAGUGAAGAAAAUCCCAUUUUGAUCUUUAAACUCCAUCAAUACACUCAACUAUUCCAUGAAGAAAUCUCCAUAAAUUAAAACUCCCAGUAAAUGCGGUUUGUGGUUUUGUACUGAUCUCACAUACACCAAAUAAUACAGCAAACCUGUAUAUGAUAUAUAUAUAUAUAGUUAAAGACUAAUUCGAAUAUAAGCUGUUUCUAUAUCUCGAUGCAUACUGUACCAAAAUAAGAGAUAUGUUUCUUCAUUGUAAAAGGUCACCAGUUUGGACCUUUUGAGCAAA